UCGAGCGUUAUAGUCGCGAGUUCGGAUCAAAAGGACACUGGGCGAGUGCAGAGCGCUCAAAGUGGUACCAACAACAAAUGCCUCAAUAUUACAGCCAAUGCUAGAAAGUGUUAGUGCUAUUUUCGCUUGAUUUUAGCCAAGUCGAAAGGCAAAUAAGCAGUGUUGUAGAAAUCCCAGCGAAAUCAUAAUCAAAAAUAAAUAUAUUCUGAAAAGUUAAUAAAAAAAAAACAAGAUCAAUGAACAGAGAUAUUAAGAGUCGAAAUCGUAAGCGAAAGGCGAACCAAGUUUGUAGCAUACUUUUUUGGGUUUACGUCAUGUUUGUCUACGCGAACCGCCAUUUGUGCUUGUGUGCUUGAGUCCGCACACAAACACGCACACCAUUAUGUCGCCUGUAUUCGUGCCUGUCUCUGUCUCUGUGCCUGUGUUUGUGUUUGCAUCGGUGUCUGUGAGCCAGAAUGCAUGCCAAUCAGAAUCAGAAUCAGAAUCCUGAGUCCUGAAUCCUGAAUCAUCGACUGUCCAAACAUCGUGCAUUGCUUUUGUCCGCCUGGGCUAAUUAGCUGCAGGUAGCAAGUCCUUGUGCCGUUUUACCUUCAAGCUAAGCAAAAACGUAGUAACUGAACAAAAGAAAAAUCAAAAGUCAAAUUCAAAACCCAAAACAAGACAAACAUAAAUGUAAAUUGGUAUGCAAAAUAUAAACUGAACAAGCGUUGUCGAUGCAACAGCUAAAAACAACUACAGUAAAAAACUAAUACUACAACAACAAUAUAAACAACAGCAACAACAACAAAAACAACAAAAGCAAGCAACAACAAUAAAACAGAACAGAGUUACAGCAAGAGCAAGAACAACAACAACCGCUGCUAGUAGAUAUUAUAAAUAUAUAUAUAAAACUAAAAAAAACGUACAACAUUUAUGUAAUAUUUACAUUUUUUGUCGAGGCACCCAAGCAAAGUAAUAUUUUGCAACGUAGACUCUUAGGCGUGGCACACAAUAACACAACAGCAACAUCUACAACAUCUGCAACAUCUGCAACAUCAGCAACAUCAGCAACCAGAGCAAUAAAUAUACAACAUCCAUCCGAAACCGCAAACAUCCAACAAUCCACCAUCGCCACCGCCACCACCACGAACCACAUGAGCCUGAACAAGAUCAAGAAGCGGGACGCGAGCGACUUAUGACUGAUGCGCUCCAAGGGCAACGUCGGCGUCGGCGUCGGCGUUGGCGUCGGGGUCAAUGUCGGCGUCGCCGUUGGCAGCGGCAGCCGGUACAAGGUGACCGCCCGCUGUGUACCGGAAGUGAGCAUCACGUCGCCAACAUCCGGCGCCAUUCAGCCCCAGCCACAGGCACAGCCGCAGCCCAAGCACUUUGCCCUGCUACGCAGUCGCUCGCAACCGUCGCCGCCGACGUCGUCCACGUCUAACAGCCUUUUCUCCACGCCAGGCGGGGCCACUCUGGUCGAGGAGGAGGAUUUCAGCUUGGCCAGCGGCAGUGGCACAGCCAAAAACGUGCUCCAGCGCCAGCUGGCCACCACCAUCCAGCAGGAGGAUCCGGAUCUGGAGCAUUCCGUGCAGCAGGACCAGCACAGCAAGUUGCCUGAGCCGGCGGAACCGCCCAAUGAGCUCACUCCGCUGGUGGAGGAACCCAAUUCCAUAGCAUCAGCAGCACCAGCAGCAGCAGCAGCAGCAGCAGCACAUCGCUACAGCCACAACUCGAAGACCACGCGCUCCUGGCCGGUCAUCUAUCGCAAUCCUCAUCACUGCGACUACGAGGCCUUGUACGUGCAACAGCAGCAGCAGCAGCAGCAUCAGCAUCAGCAGAACUUCAAGCAGAACUGCUACUCCAACCAGUUCAAGCAGUCCAUCGUCUACUCCAGCAGCAAUGAGGAGCUCCAGGGCGGCGAGCCAGUAGCCUCCAGUUCGGGCGUCGAGAACCGCCAGACCACGUGCUACUACUUCGCGCCCAGCCGGCACAACAGCAUUUACGAGCACCCCUCCUCGGUGGUCGGAGGAUCCCUGCAGUUCGAUAAUCCCACGACCACAGCUGCGGCGGCGGCCGCCGUCGAGAGUCUGAGGCGGAGCAACAGCAUCCUGCUGCGCCAGAACAGCUGCGCCAAGGUCAUCCAGCGUCGCGGCAGUGGUAGCGGUUCACCCACCUCCCUGGGCUCCCAGAUGGAGGGACUGGGCAUGGGCAUGGGCAUAGGCGGCGGCGGAGCGGCCAGCGCCUGCUGCUCCAGCUGCUGCAUGGGUCCGCCCCCGGUGCUCUUCCUGUUUGUCACCCUGCUGAUGACCACCAGCGCCACGGCCAUGCUGUGCGCCGCCAUCAUGACCGACCACUGGGAGCACGUGACGUGGGACCGCAACAGCCUCGAUCGCUACUCGAACCGGUCGGGUCUGCACCUGGAGUGGCUGCUCGACGACCAGGUGGCCAUGCUCAAGCCGGACAAAAGGGCCGAUCAUCGCUUCCGGCGCGACUCCGUGUUCUUGGUGCCCAUGCAUGGUGGCAUUUGGACGCUGUGCAUCGACCUGCCCAUUCAGCAGCUGCAGGAGCUGCGUCGCAAUCCCAAGUUCCCGCGCGGUGCACCGCCGUGUGUCAACUACCUGGCCGGAUCCAUGGAGAAUGCCCGCGGAGAGGAGCAGCGCAACGACUGGCAGCACAGUGAGUCACAGGUCACUCUGCAGCCGCAUCUGAGUACGUAUCCGGGGGCAGCCCGACUGUGAAUCCAGUUCCACUCCAGAUCCACCUUCCGAUCUAACU